CAUAAUUCAAGUACUAGGUAUAUUAAUUUGAUUAAUGAUACAUAAAGGCGGGCGGUUACCUCAGCCCCUCUACCGGUCAACGGUGGCGAGGCUGAGUGUCGAAUAUUAAUUCCGAGACCCCAAAAGGCCAGUGUAAAGUUGGUAGAAAUCAAGUUUACUUUGAAAGUAUGUGUGAAAAUCGUAUUCAUCCUCGGAGAUAUAGUGGGUUCAGGAAAUGAAGCAGUGAUCUGUAAGUAAAAAGAAAGAAAAAGAUUUUAAAAAGGAAGGGAAAAAAAUAAAAAUGGAUGCGAAUUGCCAAGAACACUAAAUUUUUGACGAAUUCGAGUCUCGGAAUCGUAAAUGUUUUUUCAACAUAUUUAAACUUGUUUUUCAAUAAAUUUUCAAUUAAUUUGAAAUGCAAUGAAACUUCGAUUGGUUAUUUUAUGAAAAUUCGCUAUGUUAUUCGAAAUAUUUAUCGAUUAAUUUUUCGAUUUGUGAAAAAUAUUAUAAUAUUGAUUUCUCUUUUCUACAAAGAAAAGAUAUUAUUGUUUUAUGUAAACGAUUGAUUUAGGGAUUUACGUAAAAAUUAUUUAGAGAAAUGUUCGAUCGAGAUUUCAUUGUAUGUUAGUCUUGUGAUGUUUGACAUCAGAUAUACUAUAACUCUUCUUUUCAUUCAUUCGUUUCAAACGUAUGUACCAUUAGGGAGAUUUAUGUACAAUCAAACUAUUAUCAAAACUAAUUUUAAUGCGUACUAUCGUAACGCGCACCUUUCGGUUGAUAUGCAUACGCAGUUAACUUUAAAUCUCCGUUUUAUUUGAAAACGACAAUAACAGUAAUAAAAUGAGAUACUAAUAUCAAAGGGAAAAUCGUGCAUUAAUUGUUAAUGAUCAAACAUUUAUUUUGGCAAUUUGCAAGUUAAUAAAGUCAUCGGUGAGAAAAAAGAGAGUGAAAAGUGGCAUGAACAGUGAGCGAGAGGGAGAGAGUCAUUUAUUUAGGGGAAACUAUACAGCACGGCAGUUUUGUUAGAAAAAUUUUCUUCAGCAUUGGAUGUACGUAUUGAACUCGUUUUCUAAAUCGUCUAGAAUUGAUUCACAUAUCGCAAUUUCGUGUUCUAUCGUAAAUAGUAUAAUAAACCUAUUAGGUUGUAAGUUGUUUCAUAGACCAUUGAACAUAUGAACUUAAGGUGUGUGCUGAUUGUAGCUUCAUUGCCAUCGCAUUGUCGUGUCAGGCGGAGAGGUGUUACCACUCUCGCAUGGACCUGGGAGAAUGCCCCCAGAUUCACGACUUGGCCUUACGGGCUGACUAUGAAGCUGCACAAAAGAAAAAGGACCAUUUCUACGACAUUGAUGCUAUGGAACAUUUACAAAAUUUUAUCGCCGAUUGCGAUCGUCGUACAGAACAAGCAAAACAACGACUCGCGGAAACGCAGGAAGAGCUUAGCGCCGAAGUGGCGGCGAAAGCAAAUAACGUUCAUGUACUCGCAGAAGAAAUUGGCAAAAAAUUGGCGAAAGCUGAGCAACUUGGCGAAGAAGGCUUUGUCGAAGAAUCGAUGAAGCUUAUGGGUGAGAUUGACGAGUUACGAAAGAAGAAGAACGAGGCUGAACAAGAAUAUCGAAACAGUAUGCCGGCAUCCAGUUAUCAGCAACAGAAGCUAAGAGUAUGUGAAGUUUGCAGUGCAUAUCUUGGAAUUCAUGAUAAUGAUCGACGAUUAGCUGAUCAUUUCGGUGGAAAAUUACAUCUGGGCUUCAUCAAGAUCCGUGAGAAAUUGGCAGAGCUUCAAAAAACCGUGGAAGAAAGACGUAAAGAAAAAAGAGAAUCAUUGUUAGAUAGACGCAGAGACAGAGAUAGAGAUGACCGCGACAGAGAUCGAGACAGUCGACGUGGAGGAUUGGGUUAUAGAGACAAAGAACGAGAUCGUGAUCGUGAUCGUGAUCGUGAUCGUGAUCGAGAUCGUGAUCGUGACCGAGACAGAGACCGUGACCGCGACCGCGAUCGUGAUCGUGAUCGUGACAGAGAUCGAGAUCGCGAACGCAGAGAUAGAGAUAGGAGAAAGUCUCGCUCACGAAGUCGCAGUCGUGGAAAAAGAUCGAAACGUUCACGGAGUAGUAGCCGUAGUCGUCGAUCCCGUUCUCGUCGUAGUGGGUCCAAUGAUCGGAAAAGAUAAAACUAAUUACCAUUUUUAAUUAUGCUCAAUCAUUUUUUCCUCGUAUGAAUUCUCACGUGCUUACUUAUACAUAUUAUGUAUAAAGAGAAAAAAAGAAAACAGGAUCGCAUUUGUUAAACAUCAUUUUUUCAAUAGAGAUCUUUCCUGAAUAAUAUAAAUUAAGAUUUAUACAUUGUCCGUCACAACUUACUCAAAACACCAAUAUUUCGAAAUAUCUUUGUGUAAAACUAAACAUAUUUACCUGUCAAUGUAAAAACAGGAAUAAAUUUAUUAGAUAUUAAUAUACUAUUAUACUUAUUCUAUUUGAUCUUGAUAUAUUGAUUAUACUUUUAAAUCUAGUUACUAUUUCGUGUAAAUAUGGAUAGUUCAGGCGUAAUUCUAUAAUAUUUGGAAAUGUUACAUAUUUAUAAUACAAUUACAUGAUCUUAUGUGAAUAUUAUACGAGUAUAAAGAAUGAAGAUAUGUUCAAAAAUA